ACUAAAGAGUCAAAAAUACGACGCCCUUAUGCAGACUUUGGACUCUAGAGAUACCCGACGUUAUAGCAGAUACAGGCCUACUAGUAUACUUUCUGGAGACACUUUUCAGUACUGUAGUAUGCUCUUGAAUCAGUUCGGAGUGCGGAGAGCAGUGGGAACGGUGUCGGGUGUCAGUGAGAGCGCGUCUCUCUGGUGGUACUGGAGCUCCAGCAGUAGGGAAGUGAGAAGCACUUCCUACUUCCUCACCGCACCGCCGUUCAAACGUGGUUGCUCAGAGGGCCGAAAAUAAUGUAGUUCUGAAAGGAGGGGAAGAAGAAGAAGAAAAGACGACGACGCGAACAAGAUUUUAGGUGUGAAACAGCCACCGGUUUGAGGCAGGCUCGCGGGGAAUGAGCGUGGAGGAGAGCAGCUGCGGUUUGAAGCUGGUCGAGCGGCUCGGAUGGCUGCGCGCCUGCGGAGAGGAGCUGAGUGACGAGGCGACUACACACUCCGGGCCUCGCAAUUUCUGAAAAAGUUGCUCAAAAAAACAAAGCGUCAACAUGAAGAAGCAGUUUAAUCGCAUGAAACAGCUCGCCAACCAAACGGUUGGAAGAGCGGAGAAAACAGAAGUCCUUAGUGAUGACCUUCUACAGAUCGAGCGCCGCAUGGAGGUUGUUCGGUUGGUCUCGCAUAACACACACAAAAAGAUGGUGACAUAUCUGCAGGGCCACGUUGGAGCAGAUGCGGAAAAAAGACAUAAAAAGCUGCCUCUGAUGAGCCUCUCUCAGGCCAUGAUGGAUGGAGGGAGUCAGCUAGGAGAGGAGUGCAUGAUUGGGAAAAUGAUGGAGUUGUGUGGAGAAGCUGAAAGUAAACUCGCAUAUGAGCAGAGCCAACAUGAAGUCCAGCUUGAAAGGGAAGUCCUGGACCCAAUCAACCAGCUAGCAGAGAAUGAUAUUCCAAAUAUCAUGAAGCAGAGAAAGCAGCUAGCUAAGCUUGUACUGGAUUAUGAUUCUGCAAAGGCUAGAUAUCUGCAGGCCAAUAAAGCAAUUCUGACAGCCACAAACAACCAAGCAAUGGCUGCCAAAGCUGACUCGUGUAAGGAGGAGAUGGAUGAAGCCCACAACAAAGUAGAGAUAUGUAAGGAUCAGCUGGCUGCUGACAUGUACAUCUUCUUUUCCAAGGAGGGAGAGUAUGCACGUUAUUACGUCAUGUUGUUAGAGGCCCAAGCCGAAUACCACAGAAGAUCUCUGGCUUGCAUUGAAAGCGUCCUUCCCGCUAUCAGAUCACAGCAAGAGACAUGGAUGGAGAAGCCAGCAUUCGGCACAUCGCUUGAGGAGCACCUUAAGCGGAGUAACAGGGAAAUUGCUCUGCCUAUAGAGGCCUGUGUGAUGAUGCUUUUGGAAACAGGCAUGAAAGAGGAGGGACUGUUUCGUAUUGCUGCAGGAGCCUCUAAAUUAAAGAAGCUCAAAGCUGCACUGGAUUGUUCAACUUCUCAGUUGGAGGAGUUUUACUCAGACCCCCAUGCUGUAGCAGGAGCCCUGAAGUCAUACCUGAGGGAGCUCCCAGAACCACUGAUGACCUUCCAGCUGUAUGAUGAGUGGAAUCAAGCCUCAAAUGUUUCCGAUCCAGAUAAGAGACUGCAGGCAUUAUGGGUAACAUGUGACAAUUUGCCAAAGGCCAACAAGGCUAACCUGAAAUAUUUGGUGAAGUUCCUGGCCAAGCUGGCUCAGGACAGCGAAGUCAAUAAGAUGACCCCAAGCAACAUUGCCAUUGUAUUGGGACCAAACCUGCUGUGGGCCAAAACUGAGGGGACUCUUGCUGAAAUGGCAGCUGCUACCUCGGUCCAUGUGGUGGCAAUAAUUGAGCCCAUUAUCCAGCAUGCAGACUGGUUUUUUCCAGAAGAUGUGGAGUUCAAUGUGUCAGGCAUGUUUGCGAUGCCCACUGGCCCCGUGCACCAGUCUGGGUACCCUGCUACCCCUGAGCCUGAAUAUGCCACUGUAGAGCGGAGACGCCCGGGCAGCCAGGGGGCAUCUGAGACUGAGACUCCUCGCAAAGACAGCAAACAUCCGGAGCAUGCACCUCGUAGAACUGGCACUCUAAAUAGAAAACAGCAGCAGCAGCAGCAGCAGCACACCUCUCCAGCCUUCCAGCCCCCUCUUCCUCCAGUGGAGGCAGGGGGGGUCCCAUUGUCCGAGGCUCCCUCUCAGUCAGCUGUAGGGGGCUCGGAGGCUGGAGCUAUAGUGACUCAGAACCAGCAAUCUAUAAACCAGCAGCAGUCUGCUGAUGAGAGCAGUAGCGUUGUGCGAGAGCCAACCUCCACACCUCCACCCCUGAGAAAUGGCCCUGGAGGCCCCAGUGGAACACCUGGGCAGCUAUCCGUGGGGACGCCAACAUCUGCUUCCAAAGGCCCCAGUCCACACAUGGUGCGCAGAGGUACAAAGAAACAGGCACCUGCACCCCCUAAAAUAGCUCCCAACUCCUCAUCUGCAACUACGCCCCCAAAAGCCACAUCCACCCCUUCCAUACAGGCCCAGAGCCCAGCCGCAAGUCCUGGCCAGCCUGUAACCCUACCUCGCCGUCACUCCAGUAACCAGAUGCCCAUCCAUGCCCCAAGUCACCCUCCUCCUCAGCCUCCACAGAACACAGCAGACCCAGAGCCAUCCCCUCCACACAGCCCAACUCGACCUGACACGCCCCCACAUGACUUCACCCACUCUGCCUUUUUGUCCCGCCCUCGGCCUGUUCCCAGACCACGGCCCAGACCUAGUGUGCCACCGCCUCCUCAGCCUCCAAGCGAGAGCACUAAUGGAGUGUGCAACUCUGCCUCCAAGAUCAUUACAGAUGUGGCCAUAACAUUGAAGGGGUCCGGGCGGCUCCUUGUCCCGCAUAUAGAUGUGGAACAGCCUGUGACUACACCCCAUGAUGAGACCCAAUCAGAGAGCACCAUCCUUUGAGGAAAAGAUGAAAUGCCUUCUACUCAUGCAGCCAAUCACUCCCUUCAAUGCUGUUUUGAGGCAGAGUGAGUCUGUAGACUAAAUCCUGGCACUCCGUGGUCUUCUUGGCACCGAGGGAUCUUUUUAGACGCUGUUACUGUUUCAAAUUGCUGACAUAUUGAAGCUUGAGGUAAGCGAUAAACAUGCUGUAUACUGUACCAAUAUCACACAAACUGUAACCUCUCUCUCGUGCCAGAAUGGUUCCAGACGCUUUGGCUUUAACUUCACAAAUGUUUUUUUUUUUUUUUGUUGGUUUUUUUUUGUGCUUUUGAGUUUCGUAUUAUAAGCUACAUACAUGCGUUUUUAUUACUUGUGCCAUUGUGAGUGUUUUACCGUACAUAAUUAUGAGGGAACAACAAAAACAAAGCAAACCGAGCUUCUCAAAGUUCACAUUCGCCCACCGAAUAAUGUGCUGCUUUGUAUGUAUAUUACCAUUUUGUCCUGUUCCUGUCCGCCAUCUUUAUUAUGAGAUAAUGGAGUGAUUUCUAAGAGACCAAAAACCUGUUAUAGGAAAUGUAUAAUAGUGAAAAACAUUUUUUAAUGGGAUACAUGCGGAAAUGCAGAGUACUGCUAAAUAUUAAGUAUUGAUUUUUGAGUACUUUUAUUCCUGAGGUGGAAUAUGGAUUGUCUUUCCUUUUUUUUUUCUUUUUUUUUCUUACAAAUCAGACAAUCACUAUAUCAAUAUGUUUUAAUGGUGAUGAAAAAAUUGUGAUGUUGCACAGGGUUUGAUUAAAUGGACCAAAUAAUACAGCAAUAAAUCAAACUUACAUAUCUCUUUUUUACCAUUUAAAUAAGUGGAUAAUCUACAUGCUGUUUUGAACAAUCAUUUCGCCCAACUGUACACAUUAUUACAAUAAUAAAUUCCUCUAACUGUGUCACAAGCUUAUUUUAUUUCUUGACUAUGUUGUAGAAUUUGUUGGAUGUUUUACCCAAUACUAAAUCAUUGCAAAUUAAAGCCAGAUUGCAAAUAUGAUAUUUGAUUUUAUCCAGGUUUAAAUAUUUCUGUCAAAUUUUGUAUUUUUUUGCUUGUAAUUCAUCCUUUUAAUUACUGACAGAGCUGUUUUUGGAACGUGUUAUUUCUGAAUGGUUUAAAGGCUUGUAAAUGGUGAUUUGUAUUUUUAUUUCCUUAUACUGUGCACCUUUUCUGCAGCAGAGCUGGUUCUGCACAUCUCUCAAAGCAAAGCUACUACAGUGUGUUGUACUGAUUACUGCUGUAUUUCCUACACAGCAAGUUGAAUGACAUACAAUAAUCUAUUAAAAUGCCAGGCAAGAAAAAUAAAAUGAAUUUUAAAAUAUA